GCCCAUACUGAUAGUUCAGUAUCUGGGUGCAAUAAACCAAUCACAGAAUAGGCAAUACUGAGUAAAGCGAGAACAAAGAGUAACAGACACAAUUUUUUUAGGAUGGUCAAAUAAAAUCUGUUUCCUAGGCAAGGAGUUACUCCAACCUCAAAGAACAGUACAGUUAUAACACUACACGGUUGUAUGUAAAUUUUGAGACAACAUGGUUUGUACAAGUGGAAAAAUUUUCAAGUUCUGGAAUGUCAAGUGGGUUUGUAAGCAGAUACAUUGAGCCAUACACACUUAUACCAAAAGCAGUAAUCCAUAUGGGGAUAAAAGCGACCAGAAGUCUCAGAAUAAUCUUGUAACUAUGUGACUAUGACACUACUUAUUGUUACUGUUAUUAAUCCUAUAAUUGUAAGGCGUGAGCCUUAGGGCUGCCACGUCAUGACUGUAUCAUGUGAUGCCUUAGGGCAGUCUCGUGUUAUCUAUAUUCUAUUGAAGUGUUGAGUUCAGUGGGAGCUUCUCUGGGGUACUAUAGUAAGCUUGUAGGCCUGGGGUCUAGCUAGCGAAGUUACAUUUGGAGGUCCUGCCGAGACUGACUUUCUUUUAAGAGAGAUUCUAUACGUCGUGAAGACGGAGAGGAGCUGCCAUGGCUGGACAGACCGAGGUCAAGGAGGAGCCAUGUGCUGCUGAUGGAGAGAGUGCGCAUGCGUGGCUUAGGCCACGCGCACUACCCCUGAACUCUAAGAGACUCACGUUGCGAUUGUUGAAGGCUAUCGCAAAGGGUUUAGGACUGCCGGCUGACACCACACAGGAGGACCUGAGACAGAUGAUAGACGGAAAGCUGUCGGAUAGGGGCAGAGAACCCAUGAAGGUGCAAGCGUGGCUGUUUGCUACUGAGGAAGAGACUAAUGUCCGGAUGAUCAAGUUGAGUGAUGCUGAAGGAUAUUUCCUAGAGAUACCGGCAGAGCCCAAUGAACAAGAGCCCCAGGAAGUGAAAGAGAAAGAAGAACUUUCGUUGUCCGACUCAGAACGAUGGGUGGAACAAGACUCUGAUGUGACCACGAUACAGGAGACCAACCCGGACUCUGGACUGAAGCAGGCCCUAUAUGAGGCGGAGCGGCGGACGAACUAUCUAGAAGCUACCGUGAGGGACCUGGAGGCCGAGCUGCGACAGGAACAAGAAGCAAAGUUGGCUGUGCAGUCAUCUCUCAAGGGUGAGCAGGCCACUAGUGCGGCCUUGAGAGAGGAGGUAAGAGGUCUUAAUGAUUGUGUGAAACAUGAAAGGGAAAGAGUGAAAAAUAUGUGGAAAUUAAAUUGUGAACAAUUGACCAUGCUAGAUGAAGAGUGUGGUAGAUGUGUGAAUGAAUGUGAUAGUAAAGAUCGGGAAAUUGAAUUGUUGAGAACCCGGGUUCGCGAGUUUGAAUGUAUGCCGUUAACGCGAAGGCUGAAUGCACUUACGAGCCGCACACUUGAUGAACGGACGAUUACAACUCCGGGGGCCCCCAAUCCAGCAUCGAUCCCGACUGUACCAAUUUCGAGACUUGAUCUAGACACCAGUAUCACACCAGUGCCUGAUGGGAGAGUUAGAUUCCCUGCCACGCCCACUAUAAGGGCUCCAGACGAGUAUCCGGUAAUGGUCGAUACAGAAAUAAGUCGCACAUUAACCCGUAAUGUUGACGACAGACGUAGGUCUGGUAGGGCACCACCAGUAGACCCGUUCACCGGUGAGAACGAGGAAACUAGGUUCGAGGACUGGUUGCCGACUCUAGAGAGAGCAGCUACGUGGAACAGGUGGUCCAGUGAAGAGCAGCUCAUGCAGCUAGCUGGACAUCUGAGGGGAAAGGCCCUUCAAGAGUGGAACCUGAUUAGCCCAGACGAUAAGUCCAGCUACCAGUCAGCCACCAGUGAACUGUCAAGGAGAAUGGACCCAGGUGGAAGAGUGAUGGCUGCCCAGGAUUUUAGACAUGCAAUCCAGAAGGAGACAGAAACAGUAGCAGACUACCUAAGGAGACUGGAGAGACAAUUCCAGUUAGCCUAUGGCCGAGAUGACCUGAAGUCUGAGACGCGCGAGACAAUGCUAUACAGCCAGCUACAGGAAGGUCUGUUGUUAAAUCUUGUUAGGAGCCCUUCUGUGUCUGGUUGUCAGCGGUACAAGGAGUUGUGUAUUGCUGCCAAACAAGAGGAGAAACGACUUGCUGACAUCAAACGCAGGCAGGUGUACGCCCUCAAAGGGAACACCUCAGACUCCAACCCCAAGAAGAGAUUCCCAGACAAAGGGGCGAGCCCUAGUUUGAGCCAUAGCCAUAGCUAUAGCCAUAGUGACAAGUUCUCUGAUGACCGUAGGCGCCCGAUGAAACCAAUGAAACCAAGGACCUUGACCUGCCAUAAUUGUGGCAGUCCUGAUCAUUUUGUUAGAGACUGCAAGGCACCGAGCAAGGAGAGUUCUAGCAAAAGCUACAGCAAUGGCAAUAGGCUGAAGGCUAUCCAGACCAAGCCACUUGGGGACAGAAAUGAUCCUAUGGCAUGUCUAUAUACGUCCAGUGAUUCUGAUAGUGACUCAGAUGUGAAGUUGAUACGUGUUCCUUAUGAGGGGAGCCACCCUCGUCGUGCAUUAGUUGAAGUGCAGGGUAUCCCAGCGUAUGGUGUAGUCGACACAGGAGCAGAUAUAUCUAUCAUGGGCGCAGAACUAUUUAAGACAGUGGCUGCAGCGACCCGAAUGAAGAAGAGAUCUCUUAAAUCAGUAGACAAGGCAGCGUUCACGUAUGAUCACAAGCCCAUUAAGCUUGAUGGGAAGCUCGAGUUAGACAUCGUUUUCGAAGACAAGGCUCUUGCUACUCCGGUCUACCUAAAGAUGGACUCAAGUGAUCAGUUGCUGUUGUCCGAAGGAGUUUGCUGUCAACUAGGCAUAGUGUCCUACCACCCCUCCGUUGAGAACAAGAAGCGAGGCACAGCAAAGGAGAAACCACCGGUCCGUGUGCCCGUAGUUCGUGUGAAGCUAGUGGAAUCGUUGAGUGUUCCACCCCUUCGUUGUGUCCCAGCUAGAGUAGAGCUAGAAGGCGAAGAAGGCCUCCAAGGACCGUUCGUAGUCGAGGAUUUGGAUUUGGACAGUCCACAGCCUAUACAGUUGGCAGAUUCCCUGUUUGAUACGGUUGGUCUAAAUGAAGUGUUCCGUGUUAUGCUAGAGAACCAUACGGGGUUUACCCAGCGUAUUGAGAAGGACACUCAAGUUGGCUUGGCUAGCGAAGCUCACCAAGUCAUGGAAGAAGAAUCAGAGCCACAGAAGGAACCUCCCAAGAGUGACGAUGAUGUGGUGAUCCGGAUGAUCACUAGUGACGAAGAGCGGAGGAAGUAUCUUGCUAGUAUCCUGGUCGACGAAGGACAAGGUCUGAGAUGGCAAGACAAAGACAAACUGUAUUCACUCCUCAUGGUCAACCAUUCUGUGUUCGCCCUAGACAAGGACGAGCGAGGCGAGACUGACUUGAUCCAGAUGGAGAUCUUCACGAACGAGACCACGCCAAAGAGACAGCCAGUGAGACGCACUCCAUUUGCGGUGAGAGGAGAAGUGGCCCGUCAGUUGAGAGAGAUGCAAGAAAACGGGGUAAUUUCUCCAUCUGCUAGCCCAUGGGCAAGCCCAGUGGUCCUAGUCCGGAAGAAAGAUGGUACCUUACGCUUCUGCAUUGAUUACAGGCAACUUAACUCACUCACAAAAGCAGAUACGUUUCCGUUGCCUCGCAUAGAUGACCUGUUAGACCAGCUGAACAAAGCUAAAUAUUUCAGUACUCUCGACCUUGCCUCAGGCUUCUGGAAAGUUCAAGUUCAUCCAGACUCGAAGGAGAAGACUGCUUUCAUUACUCACCAAGGCCUCUAUCAAUUCAAUGUUAUGCCUUUUGGCCUACGCAAUGCUCCUGCAGUGUUCCAGCGACUAAUGCAGCAGGUGCUAGCUGGUUUGAACCCUGAGGAGGGUGUUCCGUUUGCCUCUGUAUACAUCGAUGAUAUAUUGAUCUUCUCCCAGAGCUUCAACGAUCACCUACAGCACCUGGAAGCGGUUAUCGAUCGAGUGGCUUCAGCUGGCUUGAGACUCAAACCAUCGAAGUGCAAAUUCAUCCGUCAAACAGUUGAGUAUUUGGGGCACGUUCUCACACCAAUGGGUAUUUGUCCAAACCCGGAAAAGGUUAGAGCCGUACAGCAGUUCCCAAGACCCACUAGUGUGAAGGAAGUGAGGCAGUUUCUCGGACUUGCCUCGUACUACCGACGGUUCGUGAAAGGGUUUGCUGAUAUUGCACAACCUCUACAUGCAUUGACUAAGGCCAACUGCCGGUAUGAUUGGACAGCGGAUUGUCAGACAUCCUUUGAUUCCCUCAAGUCGAGAAUGCUCAUGUCGCCGGUGUUGGCUUUCCCUGAUUUCUCUCUCCCUUUCACCCUGGAAACUGACGCCAGUAUUAAAGGACUUGGAGCUGUACUGUCUCAGAGGGGGCAGGAGGAUGGAAAGGUUCACCCUGUGGCCUAUGCAAGCAGAGCCCUAUCCCCUCAAGAACAGAGAUACUCAGUGACAGAGUUAGAGACACUCGCGGUGGUAUGGGCAGUCAAGCACUACCAUGCAUACCUCUAUGGACAUGACGUUGUAGUUUACACAGACCAUUCAGCUGUGAAAGCCGUUCUGAGUAAUCCUCAGGCUAAUGGGAAGCAUGCAAGGUGGUGGAGCCAAGUCUACUGCAGUGGCAUCAAGAAUCUGGAGAUAGUGUACCGAGCUGGGCGAGAUAAUGCCAAUGCUGACGCUUUGUCCCGGGCCCCAGUUACCCAGCCGACAUCUGAAGUCGAGUUAGUCACGGAUGUCCAGAUAGCGACUAUUGACAGCCUGGAGUGUGAAGACCUUUUACAGAUCGAUCCUGACCCCAAUCAAACGACCAUCGAUUGUGAUUUGAGUAACGAGCAAGCUGAAGACUCUGAGUGUCAGACAAUGUUUGAUUUUCUGUUGCUAGGAAAACUACCUGAAGAUGCUGCGUUAGCCAAGAAAGUGGCAGCCCAGGCCACUCUAUUCGAUGUAGUGGAUGGAGUAUUGUGCUUCCUAGUCCCCAAAGGUGACGGAAAAGCGAGACGAGUGGUCCCUAAGAGCUUGAGGAAAACACUGAUUCAAGGCUACCAUAGCAGUGCCAUGUCUGGUCACUUUUCAGCACCCAAGCUGGUGAAGGCCAUCGCACGACAUUGGUGGUGGCAAGGAAUGCACGGGGAGAUUACUGAACGCUGUGGUUCUUGUCUCCAGUGUACUGCUGUUAAUGCCUCGGGACGCAUACAUCAGCCCCUACUCACACCGAUCCCGGUUCAACGAGCAUUUCAGAUUAUGGGAUUGGACAUCAUGGAGCUACCAAAGACAAAGAAUGGCAACCGUUAUGUAGCGGUGUUUCAAGAUUUCUUGACAAAGUGGCCCUUUGUGUUUGCUAUGCCUGACCAGAAGGCUAUCAGACUUGUGAGAUUGUUGGUUGAAGAGGUGAUUCCUAUCACGGGCGUGCCUGAGAGCCUACUUUCUGACCGAGGUACCAAUCUCCUCUCACACCUGAUGACCGAUGUGUGUGCGCUCCUAGGAGUUAAGAAGCUCAACACCACCUCCUACCACCCGGCCUGCGAUGGAUUGGUAGAGCGAUUCAAUCGAACGCUGAAGACUGCUCUGAGGAAACGAGCUGCGGAGUGUGGUGACCAGUGGGAUAGGUACCUCUCCGGUGUUGUGUGGGCGUACAGGAAUGUCCCCCACGAGUCCACAGGCGAGAAGCCCUCCUUCCUUCUGUACGGGGUGGAUCUACGCUCGCCAACUGAGGCUGCACUGCUUCCUCCAUCCCCACUCACGUUGACGGACGUCGAUGACUAUCGAGAGGAACUAGUCUACUCGCUUUCCUCUGCCCGUCGGUUGGCCGCCGAGUCCAUCAAGACAGCUCAGCAAAAGUAUAAGAAAUACCACGAUUUACAUGCUACCCCAUACCAGUACAAACUUGGAAAUUGGGUGUUUAUUCGCUUCCCUCAAGAGGAGUCUGGAAGGAUGAGGAAAUUGUCAAGGCCCCGUGGCAUGGUCCCUAUCGUGUUGUAUCUGUGCAAGGGCCAGAUGUGUGUGUGGUCAAAGUAUAUUUCCCUGAGGAAGGAGAAAUUCGAGUGCACCAAUCGCGGGUGAAACCAAGUCCAAUGGGAUUUCCAGCUGGUUCCUACUUGUAUAAGCAGCGUAAGAGCCAAGGCAGUGUACCUGAGUGGGUGCAGCAGUUCCUCAACGAUCCGAAACCUUCGACCGUUGUAACUGAGGAUCGCCCACCACCUGACCUAGAGGGGCUGUUUGAAGAGACCACCGAGUCGAAUGAAGUGCAAUUCGGACACAACGAGGAUACCGUUACUCCCGAGGUCGAGGGCGAUGCCUCUAAUCAAGCUGAGUCCGGGCAGCCGACCCGGACACGACACCAUGGCUGAUAUCCGCUCAGGAAGAACGUCCAACCCCCAGAGCGAUUAUUUCGAGUAUACCAACCAGGUGGUUUGGCCUCUUAAGGAGGGAGUGAUGUAACUAUGUGACUAUGACACUACUUAUUGUUACUGUUAUUAAUCCUAUAAUUGUAAGGCGUGAGCCUUAGGGCUGCCACGUCAUGACUGUAUCAUGUGAUGCCUUAGGGCAGUCUCGUGUUAUCUAUAUUCUAUUGAAGUGUUGAGUUCAGUG